ACUCUUGCUACGGUGGCCUGAAGGAACAGCGAAGCAGGCACAAGAGAAUUUAUCAUUUCUGAGACUUACAGUCGUGAUGUCUUUCAAGAGGGAAGGGGACGAUUGGAGUCAACUCAAUGUGCUCAAAAAACGAAGAGUCGGCGACCUGCUGGCUAGUUACAUCCCAGAGGAUGAGGCGCUGAUGCUACGAGACGGACGCUUUGCUUGUGCUAUCUGUCCCCACCGACCUGUACUGGACACCCUGGCCAUGCUGACUGCCCACCGUGCAGGCAAGAAACAUCUGUGCAGCCUGCAGCUUUUCUAUGGCAAAAAACAGCCAGGAAAGGGAAUGGAGCAAAAUCCACGACAGCAGAAUGAAUUCAGGAGGGAAGAGACCAAAGCUGAGGCUCCUCUGCUAACCCAGACGCGACUUAUCACACAGAAUGCUCUGCACAGAGCUCCCCACUAUAACAGUUGCUGCCGCCGAAAGUGCAGACUAGAAGCCCCUGGUCCUUCUGUCUCCCAUUCCCCUUUGCCACCCCCAGAGGUCGAACUCCACGGUGGGAAGAUCAGUAGGGAACCUGAGCCUGGGGCUGGCCCACAGGCCAAGGAGUCAGCAAAUGUCUCAGCCUCUGCACCCAUGAGCCCCACAAGAAGACGAGUACUGGAUCAUUACCUCACACUUCGAAGCUCUGGAUGGAUUCCAGAUGGACGAGGUCGAUGGGUAAAAGAUGAAAAUGUUGAGUUUGACUCUGAUGAGGAAGAACCCCCUGAUCUCCCCUUGGACUGACACCCUCUUUUCCAUUCAGUUCACAAGUAAACUACAGUGGGUGCUGGGAGCCUAAUUUUCCUCAAGCCUUGUCUCAGGAUUUCAGAUCAGUUCAUUCUCAGCCUGGCCACUCCUUCUCUGCAAUGUACACAGCUCCCCAUAUUUCUAACCCCUCCCCCACCUCUACCAAAAUCAUGCCAAGCGUCAGCUGCAUGGAGCCUGGUGCCCUAUUAAUAAGUCUGUCAGAAAGA